CGAGAACAAGGUAGUUUGGCUGCUAGUAAGUUAGUUAGAUGAUAGCAAGUGAAAAGGAGCUCACUCACAUUCACCUCUUGUCCUAUAUAUAACCGGCCGGCACACGCUUCAUAACCUUCAUGGGACAACAGUAGGGUACUACUAGCUGCCACCACAACUACUGCUACACUGCAGGCAGCCACCGGCCGCCGGAGACGAUGGGGAGGCCGCCGUGCUGCGACAAGGUUGGGAUCAAGAAGGGGCCAUGGACGCCGGAGGAGGACAUCAUCCUGGUGUCCUACAUCCAGGAGCACGGCCCGGGCAACUGGCGUUCCGUGCCCAUCAACACCGGCCUGAUGCGCUGCAGCAAGAGCUGCCGCCUCCGCUGGACCAACUACCUCCGCCCCGGAAUCCGCCGAGGCAACUUCACCCCGCAUGAGGAAGGCAUCAUCGUCCACCUCCAGUCCUUGCUAGGCAACAGAUGGGCGGCCAUAGCUUCUUACCUCCCUCAGAGGACCGACAAUGACAUCAAGAACUACUGGAACACCCACCUCAAGAAGAAGCUCAAGAAGCACCAAGCCAUCGGCGCGAUCUUCGCGCCACCUCCCCCCUCUGAAUCUUCUUCCAUCGUACCUACCACCGCCGGCGCCAGCCAUCAUGUCGAUCUCCAUCAUGACAUAAUCGGCAGCAAGGACUACAACUACGCGCGUCCAGCAGCCUGCAGCAACCCGGACGAGGUCACCCAGCUCAUCGCCCGGCGCUCGCCGUUCGCCGCCACCGACGGUGACAGCUCCUCCUCGUCGUACGCCUCCAGCAUGGACAACAUAUCCAAGCUGCUCAACGGAUUCAUGAAGAGUUCCCCACCACCGCAGAACGACGCCACUGCCGACAUCAAGCCCUCUGCCACCGACAUCAACCCUUUGCUUUCGUUCAACCACAUGUCGGGCGGCAGUAAUACGCUGCCACCAUUCAGCGACAUGCUGCCGUCGCCACCGCCGCCGCAGCAGCCGGCGUUGACGAUGGGACACCGCGGUUACGACAACGAGCCCAAGCAGCAACACCACCAGCAGGGGCCGCUGUCUCCGAUCGAGAAGUGGCUGUUCGAAGAGGCCGCCGAGCAGGUCGUCGACCUCAUGGAUCUGUCCGACGCCUGCUGCUCAGUUCCAAUGAUGUUCUAGAAGAUCAAACAAAGAAGACAAAUACACGUCAGUUAGAUAGGUUAAUUUUAUUGGUUCAGAUUACUUUCAGUAGGAGACUUAAAGUUAUACUAUAUGUUGCAAAUAUUGUAUCCAUGCAUGAGAAAAGAACAAUACAUACAUAGUAGUCAAACUCCGUGUGAGGCACGGUCAUCUAGUUAGUGACACGUUACUUGUGGUAGAUUUGACACUGCCAAUCAAAAGUCAGAAGAAUAAGAGACAGCAACAGGAAUAAGCAAGGAUGACCAAAUGACAUGCAAGCAUGUCAGCAUGAUGUAAUUAACUACAUGGUUCAUAUUAAUUUGUUAUAUAUAUAUAUUUCUUUUAUACA